CACCAUAUCAUUCUUAAAUCUGUCCCUUAGCGGCUAAGCAAAAACACCGCACCGUCGAAAUCUCAGAUCUCUCUCUCUCUCUCUCUCUAUUUUCCUGUUUGAUAAUUUUGCAGAAAGUUUUGAUUUCUCAAUCCCCAAUCUCUACCCAUGGAGGAUGUUACAAUGAAGAACGCUGACCUACACGAAGAAAUCUCCGACAAGUUUCUCUGCUGCGUCUGCCUGGAACUUCUUUACAAACCGAUUGUGCUAUCAUGUGGACACCUAUCGUGUUUCUGGUGCGUGCAUAAGUCAAUGAACGAGCUGCGUGAGUCUCAUUGUCCCAUUUGUAGAGACCCUUAUGUUCACUUCCCUGCUGUCUGCCAAAAGCUCCAUUUCCUCCUCAAGAAGAUUUACCCUCUUGCCCACCACAAGAGAGAAGAACAAGUUCUAAAGGAGGAACAAGAACUAGAAUGUUUUUCACCUCAGAUUGAUGAACCAAAGCCCAAGGAAGCGUCUGUAUCUAGUGGAGAUGAGCAGAAGGUGGAAAAGUGCUCUAAUAAUGCAGGAAGUUUACUAUCAAGUGAAGAACCUAGAGAUGCAAAAGCUCUUGAUGAGAAUAAUAAGCAAAUUUCGAAAGAUGAUUUGCUCUGUUUAGCAUGUAAGGAGCUGCUUGUGCGACCCGUUGUUCUCAACUGCGGACAUGUGUAUUGUGAAGGAUGUGUAGUAGAUAUGUUUCAAGAGGGCGAAAAGAUCAAAUGUCAAGAGUGUCAUAUCUCUGACCCGAGAGGGUUUCCUAAAGUUUGUUUGGUUCUUGAGCAGCUUCUGGAGGAGAACUUUCCUCAAGAGUACAAUUCAAGGAGAAGUGGGAUUCAGAAAUCGAUUCCCCAGACUAGCAAAGGAAACAGUCAAAGCUCUCACAAAGAAGGCCCAUCCGUAUCAGGCGAGAACAACAAUGACCUUCCCUGGUGGGCGAACCCUGCGUCUAAUGUUCACAUCGGAGCUGGUUGUGAUUGUUGCGGAGUGUAUCCAAUCAUAGGGGAGCGAUACAGAUGCAAAGACUGCAAGGAAGAGAUUGGUUAUGACCUAUGCAAAGACUGUUACGAGACUCCUUCGAAAGUUCCAGGGAGAUUCAACCAACAACACACCCCAGACCACAGGCUUGAGCUCGCUCAGGUUCCUCAGUUUCUGGUCAAUAUCGAGUCUAUCGGCUUCCUUCUAGGUCCGAUGGUUAGUGAAGGCGUGAGUGGAGAAGAAAAUAGUGAUGAUGAUGAUGAUGAUGAUAGCGAGGAGGAAGAUGUGCCUCCUCCUGAUUCUAAUGAGUUAUAUAGGGGAAAAGGUUGUAAUGUAAUUGCGAACAAUAAAGUGAGUGGUUAGAUUUCGAACCAGGAGCUGAUGCAAUGGUGAAGACACUGCAGUCGACAAGCAAGAACAACAAACUGUAACUAAGGUGGUGAGGAACAUCAACGGUCUAGGAGAGCAUAUCUGAAGAGAACAUGCGAACAUAGCCCAAAUAUGGAGGCAACAGUGAGAUGAAGUGGCGGUUGCGAACACUUUUGGGGAACCCGAUCACAAUUCCACUCCAUAUUCCAGCUAGAGACUAUGAAAAUCUCUUUAGGUAGUGUCGAUGAGGUCUAGACAUGAAACGAGAGCAUGAGAGUAGCAAGUAGAGAGCUAUAAUGAACAAAGAAAGAGAUGAGAACUGAGGCUACGCCAACGAGCUAUUGCUCCACCGGCCUCGGAGAUGGCGUAGAUCUUAGGUUUUUCAAUACUACUAGUGCCACCGAGAGUUUCAGUUUUUUUUUUUUUACUUAAUGUGUAUAUAUUAAUAAAGUUGAACAUACAGUAUAUUGUUUUUCAUGAAUUAACUCAUCAAAUGGUACACCAAAAUUGACACUU